UGUGACGCAUUAAAAUGGACAAGCUUGAAGGAUAUUAUUUUUCUGCUCUGUUUAGUGGCUGUUUUCUUCUAUCCAGCCUACUCUUCUCAAAAAUCACACGAGAACAGAGAGACCCAUACAUGGAUGAAGUCUUCCACAUCCCCCAAGCUCAGCACUACUGCCAGGGACACUUUAAUCAGUGGGAUCCUAUGAUCACAACUUUGCCUGGCCUGUAUCUGACAUCUGUGGGUAUUGUGAAACCUGUUGCCUGGAUGUUUGGAUGGAGCAAGAAUGUCAUCUGCUCCUCGGGAAUGCUGCGAUUUAUUAACCUCCUGUUCAGUCUGGGCAACCUGUACAUGUUCUAUUUAAUCCUUAACAAGUUACACACAAGGGUAAAAAAUGUUUCAGUUGUGAAAAGAAUCUUAUUCAUUUUUACGCUUUAUGUAUUUCCCACUUUAUUUUUUUUCACAUUCCUCUACUACACAGAUGCGGGAUCUACAUUUUUUGUCCUUUUCACUUAUUUAAUGUGCCUCUAUGGAAAUCAUAAAAGCGCAGCUCUUCUAGGGUUUUGUGCAUUUUUGUUCCGCCAGACAAACAUCAUCUGGAUCAUUUUCUGUGCUGGAAACGUUAUAGCUGAAAAGGUGACGGACGCUUGGAGGACACAUCUGAAGAAGACCGAUGAAAAAGUUUCCUCUAAAGGUGCUUUUUCAGAAGUAACAGCAGUUGUAAGAUUCCUUAUCCAAUACUCCUUGUAUCCCAGGAACAUCCUGACACUUUUGAGGUUAACCUGGCCAUAUGUCACUUUAGUUCUUGGUUUCCUGGCUUUUAUUGUAAUCAAUGGUGGCAUAGUAGUAGGCGACAGAAGCAAUCAUGAGGCCUGUUUGAAUUUCCCCCAGCUGUUUUAUUUUUUUGCUUUUACAUUGGUAUUUUCUUUUCCAGUCAUCAUUUCAACUCAGAAGAUUGCAGAUUUCCUCAAGUCGGUUUGGAAACAUCCUUUCCUAUACACAACUUUAGCUUGCCUGUUUCUGUUUUUAAUAUGGAAGUUCACUUAUGUUCACAAAUAUCUGAUUGCUGAUAAUCGACAUUACACAUUUUACGUCUGGAAAAAAAUAUUCCAGAGACAUGAAUUGGUAAGGUAUUUGUUGGUUCCUUUAUAUCUUUUUGCAGCUUGGAGUUUUAUAGAUGCUCUUAAGUCCAAGUCCAUACUGUGGCUCAUGAUGUUCCUUGUGUGUAUAUUGGCUGCUACUAUUCCUCAGAAAUUAAUGGAGUUCCGUUAUUUCAUCCUUCCAUACCUCAUCUUUAAAGUAAAUACAUCAAUUCCAUCUACUGGCAAGCUAAUUCUAGAGUUGUCACUCUAUAUUGCUAUCAAUAUAUUUACAUUCUACUUGUUUCUGAAUCAGACUUUUCAUUGGCCUGAUAGUGAAGACACUCAGAGAUUUAUGUGGUGA